UUCUUUUUUUCCUUUUCUUUUUUGUUUUCCCAUUUUCCGGUGAUCAUUAUUCUCCAUUACCGCCUCCCUUUUGACUUCUCUUCUUCUUCCUCCUCUGCUUUCUCCCGUUCAACUACAGGAUCCUUGUGGCACUAUUUUUAACUCUGUGCAAUGGAAGAUGUGAAAUUAGGUGAUCAGACAUCUUCUUCACAACCCCCGUUACUCUCCCAAGAUGAUAAUCAUUCGCAGGGUGAGGAUCCAGACCAUCUAGUUAACAAUGGAAUUAUGGACCAGAGCAAAGUUCUCUCAAAUUCUAUUGCUAAUGGAAAAUUGGAAAGUAAAAUUGAAUGCUCUGCACGCCCAGUUGAUGGAACUGUGCAAUCUGAAACUCAACCGCCAGCAGUUGAUAAUUCUGUAUUAUCAACCACAGAAGAUGCUCCUAGUUAUGCAAAUACGAGGCAAGGUGAACUUAUUGAAUCCAAUAAUUCGGGUCUGAGUUCUACAGUUCUGGAUGAUAGAUUAGAGGAACAUAAUCCAAAUACCUUGAUGGAAGACCCCAGAACUCAAUCAGUUGAAGGUGUGUCUGAAAAACUUCCUCAGGAACAAUCCUCAGUCCAUACUGACCCUGCUUCUAUUAGUGACGCCAUUAUUCCAUCUGUUCUAUCUUCUGAGGAAACGGUUAUAAAGAAUGAGGGUGUUGAAAAAUUAGAUGAACUUGCAGAGGGCGUGGGAGUUUCUGAUGUAAAAACUAAAUCUGUUGAUUCUCCAAAAGACGUUAAGCAAGGUGAUAUAAACAGAGGCCUUAUUGAUACAACUGCACCAUUUGAAUCUGUUAAAGAAGCCGUUUCUAAGUUUGGUGGGAUUGUUGAUUGGAAAGCUCAUCGAAUCCAAACAGUUGAGAGACGCAAACUGGUGGAGCAAGAACUUGAGAAAGUAAACGAGGAGAUUCCAGAGUACAGAAGAAUCUCAGCGGCUGCUGAAGAGGAAAAAAAGCAUGUUCUAUGGGAGCUGGAUAGCACUAAGCGACUGAUAGAAGACCUAAAGCUUAAUCUAGAAAGGGCACAAACAGAAGAGCAACAAGCAAGGCAAGACUCUGAGCUUGCAAAACUCAGGGUUGAAGAGAUGGAGCAGGGCAUUGCUGAAGAGUCUAGUGUGGCAGCCAAGGCACAGCUUGAGGUUGCUAAAGCCAGGCACAUAGCUGCAGUUUCAGAGCUUAAAUCUGUCAAAGAGGAGUUGGAAUCACUUUGUAAAGAGUAUGCUUCUUUGAUCACAGAAAAGGGUGCAGCUGUAAUUAAAGCUGAAGAUGCUGUUUCUGCAUCUAAGGAAGUCGAGAAGGCAGUGGAAGAUCUAACUAUUGAGCUUAUGGCCACUAAGGAAGCGUUAGAGUCUGCACAUGCUUCUCAUUUGGAGGCAGAGGAGCAAAGAAUUGGUGCAGCCAUGGCCAGAGAGCAAGAUUCUCUUAACUGGGAGAAGGAAUUGAAGCAGGCUGAAGAGGAGCUUCAGAGUCUUAAUCAGAAAAUUGUGUCAACGAAGGAUCUGAAAUCUAAACUGGACACCGCCUCAAAUUUGCUAAUAGAUUUAAAAUCUGAAUUAGCAGCUUAUAUGGAAUCGAAAUUGGAAGAGGAGCCAGAUGCAGAGGAUCCAGAAAGGAAAAAACAUACAGAUAUACAAGCAGCAGUUGCUUCAGCGAAGCAGGAACUCGAGGAAGUGAAACUCAACAUUGAGAAAGCAACUUCUGAAAUAAACAUCUUAAAAGUGGCUGCAACUUCAUUAAAAACAGAGCUUGAAAGAGAGAAAUCUGCUCUAGCUACCUUGAGGCAAAGAGAAGGAAUGGCGUCUAUAGCAGUUGCAUCUCUUGAAGCUGAAGUGGAAAGAACCAGGUCAGAAAUAGCUUUAGUCCAAAUGAAGGAAAAAGAGGCUAGGGAAUUGAUUGUGGAACUGCCUAAACAAUUACAGCAAGCAGCACAAGAAGCCGAUCAGGCCAAAUCACUGGCUCAGGUGACUCACGAGGAGCUGCGCAAAACAAAAGAAGAAGCAGAGCAAGCAAAGGCCGGAGCAAGUACCAUGGAGAGUAGAUUGCUUGCUGCUCAGAAGGAAAUCGAGGCUGCAAAGGCUUCAGAAAGAUUGGCAUUGGCAGCAAUCAAGGCAUUGCAAGAGAGUGAAUCAGCUAGAGAUACCAAUAACACCGACUCGCCCUCAGGAGUUACGCUUUCACUAGAGGAGUACUAUGAGCUUAGCAAGUGCGCUCACGAGGCAGAGGAACAAGCCAACCUCAGGGUGGCAGCUGCACUGUCUCAGAUUGAUGUAGCCAAGGAAUCCGAGUCAAAAAGCUUGGAAAAGCUGGAAGAAGUAAGCAAGGAAAUGGCUACCAGAAAGGAAGCACUAAACACUGCAUUGGAGAGAGCUGAGAAGGCGAAGGAAGGGAAAUUGGGUGUAGAACAGGAGUUAAGAAAAUGGAGAGCGGAGCAUGAACAAAGAAGGAAGACUGGCGAUCCUGGCCUCGGAAUAACGAACUCCAUCACCAGUCCAAGGGCAAGUUUUGAGGGGAAAAACGAACCAUCAAAUUUAGACGCCACACCUGAUGCCACAGCUUCUGCUCCUUCUACGACAAGCCCCAAGGAAAAUGUAGAUAAAAGCUUUUCUACGGUGGAUUCAUUCGCAGAAACAAAGCCUGCAAAGAAAAAGAAGAGAUCAUUUUUUCCUCGAAUUCUCAUGUUUCUGGCAAGAAAAAAGGCACAUCCAAAACAGUCCUGAACCGUUUCGGGUACAUAUAUCUUAUUUACACUACACUGUUGAUAUUUUCACCUCUCCUUUCAAUUCAAAUUUGGUUUUCCUCCUGGUGAUAUUAUAAAUCGAUGAGUUCGAUGAGUUGGCAGAAUUACGUGAUUGUACAUGCUGGUGAUUAAUUUUUUUAUUGUAUGAUUAAAAAAAAAGGUAUUCAUGCGUUUAUACGAAAACGUUGCUGAUGUGGUUGAAAGA